UGGGGGGCACAAAAGGAUGUGUCCGCUGCUUUACUCAACUCUCAAAGCUGCUGAUAACGAACCGCUUAGGCGCUGACGGGCAGGCGGAGGCUGUGCAGCGGACGGUAGGCAUUUACAGGAAAAUAAAGAAAUACAAUUGAAUUGAAGAAAACUGUACAUAAACAAAGACUGACAAACAAGCAAAGUGCCAAAGAAGAUAAAUUCUGUAAAAAAAAACAUGGUUGUAGAGACCUUGAAAGGAGGAAGGAAUUGUUGAGCGCAGAAUGAAGCAGGAAGAUGGGGCUAUGAGAAUGCACUGAUUUUGAUCAUCUAACCUGACACUGGCUCGACAGACAACCUGUUACAGGCAACAUGCAAAAGCAGCUCCAGGCUUCGAUGGGGACCGUCUCCUCCAAGCAGACAGGCAGUGCUCCAGGAUCACCGGCUUCGGCCAUCCGUGCUAAAUUGGACAAGCAGGCGCUGCCCUACAAGGAGCUGGCUGCAAUUCCCAAAGACAAGGCGAUUCUGGAGAUUGAGCGCCCAGAUCUGAUGAUCUUUGAGCCGCAUUACAGCUACAUGUAUGCAGACAGGCCAGAAGUCCAGGGCUCUGCGGAGCGCCAACAUUCUCCGCGACCAAUGUCACCUCUCACCUACCCUGAGUAUGCGAUGUACAAGGAGUGUCGAGACUGGGCAGACUUCUCAUCUCCGGCGUCUUCGAUGGGAUCAGCAUGCAGUCGCCGCAGUUACACGUCCACUGGGAGCCUACCACAUCACUUCCACAGACCUGAUAUCGGCACCAACAUGUACAGAAAGCGGCCGAUCUACAAACAGAACGAGCCGUUAACUGCACUUCCACAGAGCAAAUAUAUUGAGGACAUCAUCAUUGAAUCGUCGAAGUUCCCAGCAGCUCAGCCUCCUGAUCCCAACGCUCCAGCCAAGAUCGAGACAGAGUACUGGCCGUGCCCUCCGUCGCUCGCUGUCGUGGAGAAAGAAUGGAGGAGAAGGAUUGCGUCAAAAGCUGAUGAAGAGGAUGACGAGGAGGAAGAUGAUGAAACUGAUGAAAUGAAAAAACUGCGGGAGAUUCAGAGGAAGGAGCUGAACAAGAUCCAGUCUGGCCUUGGGAAGUUGAUACUGAAAGAGGAGCUGGAGAAGUCAAAGCCCCGGGGAAGGAAAUCUCGAUCAUUACCAGACAGAACCACCAGGAGUUUCUCCCCACAGGAAUCAGCUCCCAAGUCGCCCUCACUUCCCACCCAUGGCAGGAACGGGCUCAACAGGCUGCAGUCUGCGGAAUUUGCCACGCCUCAUCGACCAUACAAGAGGAGCAGUGCAGAUAUUCAGGUAAGUGCUCGAUACAUGCUCUGGAAUGUGUCCUGUACAAGAGGUGAGAAUUAACAUUUAAUGUCCAAUGUCAAAGGUAGGAACUCUGCUGGAAGCAAAGAAGGUGAUAGAAAUACACAGCAUAUAGGUGCCCAAGCACUGUAUUUGUCAAUGUGGAGCGGAGAGCAAGUUUGUAAAUCUGGCAGGAGCAAAGGAUGUUGGGAAUGGCAAGGGUCGAGCACCGUGGGAGGGGUGUGAGACAGGUAGGUGGCAGAGGAGGAUUGGUUGGCAGGGGCAGGGCAGUUGGCAUGGGUGCAGGCACACCCAGCCCUGAGACACCAGUCAAGGUCAUUUGAUUCCAAACAAUUGGUUUAUUGGUUAUUACAGAACAUCUCCCUGGUGCUUCCUGCAUUCUCCCUUCCCCAACCAUGAUUCACUUCUUCCUGACCCCUUCCCACACUUGGUCCACAAUAGAGACCCAUAUCAGAAACAGGUUUUCAUCACUCACAUAUGGCUUGAAAUUGUUUUUUUCUUGUGCUAGCAGUGCAGUACAUAAAGUAACGAUGGUACUAUGCAAAAGUCGUAGGCACUCCAGUAUAUAUACGUGCCUAAGACUUCUGCACAGUACUGUGUCUUGCACCUUGAGCCCCAAGGAACACUGUUUUGUUUAGCUGUAUACAUGGGUAUAGUUGAUCGAUAAUAAACGGAACAUGAACUGGAAAUUAAGAGAGUUGAUGACAGAGAGUAAAAAUCCGGGGUGAUGCCCACGGAUUUAUUUUCAGCACUUCUUGUCAUUACUCUGAAACGUGGCUUACAUAUAGCAAAGCACUUGGUGCAAGACAGUCUUAAUUAAUAUCAUUGUGAAGACAGGUGAUAGGGCAAUAUUGCAGUCAGUGGGAUGAGUAGCAGUGGAAAAGGGGGACAAAACUGAAAAGGAUGACAAAUAUAGGCUGGAGGUGUUAUACUUGAAUGCAUGCAAUAUACAAAAUGAGGUCGAUGAUCUUGUAGCGCAGUUAGAGAUUGGCAGACAUGACGUUCUGGGUAUCACAGAAUUAUGGCUGAAAGACGAUUGUAGUUGGGAGCUUAAUAUCCAAGGAUGCGCAAUCUGUCGAAGGAACAGGCAGGUGGGCAGAAAAGGAGGAGUGGCUCUGCUGGUAAAAAAUGAAACAAAAUCUUUAGCUAGAGUGACGUAGGAUCGGAAGAUGUAGAAUCCUUGUGGGUAGAGUUAAGAAACUGCAAUGAUAAGAGGACCCUGAUGGGAGUUAUUUACAGGCCUUCAAACGUUAGCUAGCAUGUGGUUUACAAUUUACAGCAGGAGAUUGAAAAAAAUCAUUUCAAAAAGGUGUUGUUAUAUUAGUCAUGGGGGACUUCAAUAUCCAGAUAGAUUGAGAAAUCAAAUUAAUGCUGGAUCACAAAAAAGAAAAUUUCCAGAAUGCAUCCAAGAUGGAUUUAUGGAGCAGCUUGAUGUUGAGCCCACUAGGGGAUUGGCAAUUCUGGACUGGGUGUUGUGUAUUGAACUGAUAUGAUUAUGGAGCUUAAGGUAAAGGAACCCUUAGGAGACAGUGAUCAUAAUACGAUAGAAUUCACCUUGUAACUUGAGAGGAUGAAACUAAAGUCAGAUGUAGUGGCAUUACAGUGGAGUAAAUGGAAUUACAGAGGCAUGAGAGAGGAGCUGGCCAGAGUUCAAUGGAAGGGGACAGUAGUGUGGAUGACAGCAGUGCAGACAUGACUGGAGUUUCUGGGAGCAAUUCAGGAGGUGCAGGAUAGAUUCAUCCCAAAGUAUUCUAAAGAAAAGACAACACUAUUCCAGCUGCUACCAUCCGGGAAGCGGUACUGCAGCAUAAAAGCCAGGACCAACAGACUUUUCCACCAGGCCAUCAGACUGAUUAAUUACACUGAUUUGAGUGUAUUUCUAUGUUACAUUGACUGUUCUAUUUAUUAUAAAUUACUAUGAUUGCACACGGCACAUUUAGACGGAGACGUAACAUAAAGAUUUUUACUCCUCAUGUAUGUGAAGGAUGUGAGUAAUAAAGUCGAUUCAAUUCAAAAUUCACAACCGUGGCUGACAAGGGAAGACAAAGCCAAUAUAAAAGCAAAAGAGAGCGUGUGUAAUAGAGCAAAGCUUAUCGGGUCAUUAGAGGAUUGGAAAACUUUUAAAAACAACAGAAGGCAAUUUUAAAAACCAUAAGGAGGGGGAGCUGUAAUAUGAAGGUAAUCUAGUGCCCUGAGCGUUCCAAGCUCGCUCCCAGAGCUUUGGAACUACACUUGUAUCAAUUCAUCCCCCAAGCUCAGCUCGCCAGCUUCACUGUUUACAUGGGUAAUUUACCUCAGGAAAGGUAUUUUUUAGGAAUGUUUUUACUCGGAUGACACCAGGAGCUGUCACACACGUUUGGUAGUCCCAUUUUAACAGGACCGGAGAAUGAGUGGAUGCAGACUACCCACAGCUAGAGCACCUGGCACUGAUCACCACACUGCGUGAUGGACAGUGACUGUUCUCUUCACUCCCUGGUAUCACCCCACAUCCCCCUGUCCAAAAUUCCUGGGAGUUGCCCAUCCCUUCGGUGUCUUUAGUGUGUCCUUUGUGUAGUGGGUAAGGGGAGUUGGGGUAUAAGUGGUAGUAAGGAGGGUAGUUGGGUAAGAGGUUUAGGAGGUAUAAGGGGUGUAGCGGGUGUGGGGUCCGUGGUGGUGUAAGGUGGAUGCGGGUGCGCGGCGCUGGGGCAGAAGGUGGGUGCAGUGGCGUGGUGGUGUAAGGUAUGGGGACAAGAGCAUUGGGGGCGGGUUUAGGUGGGUAAGGGGUGAGGCCUGUCUCCGUGGGGCCGAGCUGCUUACACCAGUGAUGUUGGGACCCUGUGCUGCAGUGUGGAUUUGUUGCCUCUGAAUUUAUCGUUACAGAAUGGGGUGACCCUGACGGCCAGGAUGGACCGAGGUUCCUCCCUA